AUGUUCGUUCUCAAGCGUGAUGGACGCAAGGAACGCGUGCAGUUCGACAAGAUCACAGCACGAGUGUCAAGGCUAUGUUACGGCCUUGACCCGGACCAUGUUGACCCCGCUGCUAUCACAAUGAAGGUCAUUUCUGGUGUCUACCAGGGUGUCAACACCGUCCAGCUAGACGACUUGGCCGCUGAGACCGCAGCCUACAUGACCACCACACAUCCCGACUACGCAAUCCUCGCUGCGCGUAUUGCUGUAUCAAAUCUCCACAAGCAGACCAAGAAGCAAUUCUCUCUCGUUGUAGAAGAUCUGUACAACUAUGUCAACCCCAAGAACGGAAAGAGACAACCCAUGAUCUCUGAUCACAUCUACAAGGUCAUAAUGGAACACCAAGACGAGCUCAACUCGGCUAUCGUAUACGACCGUGACUUUAACUACCAGUUCUUUGGUUUCAAGACACUCGAGCGCUCAUAUCUCCUCCGCAUAAACGGCAAGGUCGCCGAGCGCCCACAACACAUGCUCAUGCGUGUUGCUGUUGGCAUUCACGGUGAUGACAUCGAGAGGGCCAUCGAGACCUACGACUACAUGUCUCAAAAGUACUUCACACACGCCUCGCCGACGUUGUUCAACGCGGGCACACCAUCACCACAAAUGUCGUCAUGCUUCCUCAUCGACAUGAAGGAGGACAGCAUCGACGGCAUCUACGACACACUCAAGACCUGUGCGUUGAUCUCCAAGACCGCUGGCGGUAUUGGCCUCAACGUGCACCGCAUUCGUGCUACUGGCUCAUACAUCGGUGGCACUAACGGAACGUCUAACGGUCUCAUUCCCAUGCUCCGUGUAUACAAUAACACUGCUCGCUAUGUCGACCAGGGUGGCAACAAGCGUCCAGGUGCCUUCGCCAUCUACCUCGAGCCAUGGCACGCUGACGUCUUUGGCUUCCUUGACCUGCGCAAGAACCACGGCAAGGAGGAGGUCCGCGCUCGCGAUCUCUUUUACGCUCUGUGGAUUCCUGACCUCUUCAUGAAGCGUGUCCAAGACAACGGCAACUGGACACUCAUGUGCCCGAACGAGUGCCCUGGCCUCGCCGAUGUUUACGGCGAAGAAUUCGAAGCUCUGUACGAGAGCUACGAGAAGCAGAACAAGGGUCGCGAGACUGUUCGCGCACAAAAGCUUUGGUAUGCCAUCCUUGAGGCACAGACCGAGACUGGUAACCCCUUUAUGCUCUACAAGGACGCUUGCAACCGCAAGAGCAACCAGAAGAACCUUGGUACCAUCCGCAGCUCCAACCUGUGCACUGAGAUUGUGGAGUACACCGCUCCUGAUGAGGUCGCUGUUUGCAACUUGGCUUCUCUUGCCCUGCCUUCUUUUGUCGACUACAAGGCCGGCGUGUUUGACUUCAAGAAGCUCCACGAAGUCACACAGGUCGUCACUCGCAACUUGAACAAGAUCAUCGAAGUCAACCACUACCCCGUCGAAGAGGCACGCCGCAGCAACUUCCGCCACCGACCCAUCGGUAUGGGUGUUCAAGGUCUUGCUGAUGCCUUCCUCGCACUCCGCCUUCCUUUCGAGUCAGACGAAGCUAGGAAGCUCAACAUCCAAAUCUUCGAGACCAUCUACCAUGCUGCUCUCACUUCCUCAUGCGAUAUCGCAAAGGAACUUGGUCCUUACAAGACCUACGAAGGAUCUCCCGUAUCCCAGGGUAUCCUCCAGUACGAUAUGUGGAAUGUCACACCUACUGACCUCUGGGACUGGGCGUCUCUGAAGGAGAAGAUUGCUGAGCACGGUGUACGCAACUCGCUGCUCAUUGCACCCAUGCCAACUGCCUCCACUUCACAGAUUCUGGGCAACAACGAGUGCUUCGAGCCAUACACCUCCAACAUCUACUCCCGUCGUGUCCUCGCUGGUGAGUUCCAGGUUGUCAACCCAUGGUUGCUCAAGGACCUCGUCGACAUGGGUCUGUGGUCCGAGAACAUGAAGAACCGUAUCAUCGCCGAUGGAGGUUCGAUUGCCAGGAUUCCCAACAUUCCUGAGGAGACAAAGACCCUUUACAAGACCGUCUGGGAGAUCUCGCAGCGAAGGAUCAUUGAGAUGGCCGCUGACCGUGGUGCUUUCAUUGACCAGUCUCAGUCGCUGAACAUCCACAUGAAGGAGCCUACUAUGGGCAAGAUCACUUCUAUGCACUUUGCUGGAUGGAAGGCUGGUCUCAAGACUGGCAUGUACUAUCUCCGUACCAUGGCUGCCUCGGCUCCCAUCCAAUUCACUGUCGACCAAGAGGCUCUCAAGAUUGCAGACACAAACAUUGCCAAAGCCCUGCCCAAGGUACGAAAGCAACCCGGAUUCCAGCCUGAGGCUAUCCGACACUCGCCUGUCACCGCUUCCCAGACCCCAUCAUCGGCACCUCGUCCGAUGUACGCCAUCAAGCCCACCAACGGCGAGACCAAGACGGAGGCUGAGGAGAAUGGUGUUUCCACACCAAUUGCUACCCCACUGCCAGUCUCAGAGGACCGCAACGCUCUCGCAAGCAAGCCAUUCAAGGCUGACGUAGAAGAGGGUGAUAGCCCUAAGAUGGUUGCUGCCGAUGCUAUUCCUAAGCCUGAUGAAGAGGUGGCCAAGAAGGACCCACAGCAAGAGGAUUCGAAGGACGACAGUGAGGCACGCGAUGGUGAUAUCUACGCUGACGCUGUCCUCGCUUGCUCAAUAGAGAACCCCGAGUCUUGCGUCAUGUGCAGUGGUUAG